AUGGGUGACAAUAAAAAGCCACAUGCUGUGUUGAUUCCAUUUCCAGUUCAAGGUCAUAUCAAUCCAUUGUUCAAACUAGCAAAGCUUCUUCACCUUAGAGGCUUUCACAUAACCUUUGUCAACACUGAAUACAAUCACAAACGCUUGCUUAAAUCAAAGGGUCCUAAUUCUCUUGAUGGUUUCACUGACUUUAACUUUGAGACUAUUCCAGAUGGUUUAACUCCAAUGGAAGGUGAUGAUGGUGAUGUUACUCAAGACAUACCUUCUCUUCGUGAAUCAGUCAGAAAGAACUUCCUCACACCGUUCCGCAAACUUCUCUCUAGACUUCAUGACUCCACAAAUUCUGGUCUUGUCCCUCCACUUACUUGCAUAGUUUCUGAGAUUAACAUGUCAUUUACUGUACAAGCUGCUGAAGAAUUUGCACUACCGAAUGUUCUCUUUUUUCCAGCAAGUGCAUGUACUUUAUUGUGUAUUUUGCACAUUCGUUCCUUUAUAGAAAAAGGUCUCACACCACUCAAAGAUGAGAGUUAUCUAACAAAUGGGUACUUGGAAACCAAAGUAGACUGGAUUCCGGGUUUGAAAAACUUUCGGUUGAAAGACAUUGUCGACUCUAUAAGGACAACAAACCCGAAUGAUAUAAUCUUAGAAUUCUUAAUCGAUGUGGCAGAUAAAGUUCAUAAAUACUUUACUAUUGUUUUGAAUACUUUCAAUGAACUUGAGAAUGAUGCAAUAAAUGCUAUACUCUCUAUGUUUCCUUCUCUUUACCCCAUUGGCCCUUUACAUUUAUUGUUAAACCAAAUUCCACAUAGUCAUCAAUUAGCAUCUCUAGAUUCCAAUCUUUGGAAAGAAGAUACCAAGUGUCUUGAUUGGCUUGAAUCAAAGGAACCCGAGUCUGUUGUUUAUGUGAAUUUUGGAAGCAUUACAGUUAUGACUCUAGACCAACUGUUGGAGUUUGCUUGGGGUUUGGCCAAUAGCAAGAAACCUUUUCUUUGGAUCAUUAGGCCUGAUCUUGUAAUCGGUGGCUCGGUUGUUUUGUCAUCUGAGUUUGUCAAUGAAAUUGCAGAUAGAGGCCUAAUAGCAAGUUGGUGUCCACAAGAGAAAGUGUUGAACCAUCCAUCAAUAGGUGGAUUCUUGACUCAUUGCGGAUGGAACUCAACCAUUGAAAGUAUAUGUGCAGGUGUGCCAAUGUUGUGUUGGCCAUUUUUUGCCGAUCAGCCAACAAACAGUAGAUUUAUUUGCAAUGAAUGGGAGAUUGGAGCUGAAAUCGAAACAAACGCGAAGAGAGAUGAGGUAGAGAUGCUUGUGAAUGAAUUGAUGGUGGGAGAGAAAGGAAAGAAGAUGAGGCAAAAGGUAAUGGAAUUGAAGAAGAAGGCAAAGGAGAACACUAGUCCAGGAGGUUGUUCAUACAUGAACUUAGACAAAGUUAUCAAUGAAAUAUUGGUUAAGCAUAACUAG